AUGUCGACACCCCAAGCGUGGUCCGGACCAGGUAUCAUCCUCAGCUUCUUCAAGCUGCUCGAUUCUCCAACUAUUUCGGAAGAAACUUUGGAAGACUGGUUUGGCCGAGAAUAUGCGCCAGCUCUCAUAGCAUCUGGUGUGGUGAAGAAGGCGUGGCUGUACCAGGCUGCGAAUGCAGAUUACGAUAAGCAGCAUCUCAUCGUCUACAACGUGCCUGAGCUUGCCCAGGUACAGGCUGGAAAAAUCCAAGAGGUUCCGAGGACAAGCAAUUCGGGGCUUUUUGAGGGAACGGUAGAUGACUACAUCGAGAUCGAAACGAGGAUCUAUUCAUUCGUCCAGCUGUAUGAGAAGUCCGCACAUGGCGAAGAAGCUGCACCUGUGAUGAUGCUGGCUAUGGUGCAGCCUGCGCAAGGCGGAGAAGCAGACCUAGACGCAUGGUAUAAAGAUGAGCACAAUGAGCAAAUGUCGAAGGAGCCUGGAUAUUGGAGGACGUCACGCUUCAGCCUCCUACAUCAGCAUUCGACCGGUAGCCAGCAAAACGAGAAGCUGUCAUUCCUCGCUGUGCAUGAAUUCGGCGAGGAAAACGCGCUCGGUACGGAAGUUAAGCCACUAGAUCCAAUGACAGAUUGGACCAAGAAGGUGAUGGCAAGCGCGAAGGGUAUUGAUGCUGCGAUCUACCACAAGCAGAGAGGGUUCGGAGAUUCUUAA